AUGAACCAGUUAGUCAAUGAAGCUUCUAAGUACGAUCCAGCAGUUUGUCCAAACCGUUGUGGCCGUUCCUAUAGAGGUAUACAACGCAAAGGUCAUCUGAAACAGCAUUUGAUUUAUACGUGUGGUGUUGACCCACAAUUCAAGUGUACGAUUUGCCAAAAACAGUUAAGGAAUCUUCAAAGUUUAAAAUAUCAUAUGGCCACUGCUCACGGAAAACUUCCUAUUUAAUAAAGUCAUGUUAAACUCAUAAUAUAAUGAUUUCUCUUUUUAAUGCAUAUUCUUAUAAUAUUUUAAUUACCUAAUAAAAAAAGUUUUUAUUAUACAACUGUAAAACAUUGUUUAUUAUCAAUUUCCCUCAUAAUUUUAUACCAUAGAAUACUAGAAUAAUUAAUCAUAAUUUAAAUUAUAUAAGACUUUAAUUAUAUAUUAACAGUAUACUUGCUUAAAAUUUUAACUUAUAAUAUUGAAUUUAAGUAAAAUAAUAAUUUAAUAAACAAAAUAGAUUCUGUAUGAAAUAAAUUUUAACGCUUUAAUCCUUUUAAUUUAUGUACACAUUGAAAUAUGUAUGUAUCUCUAUUUUAUUUUAUGUAGUAGACUUAAAUUUUAUUUGAAUUACAUUAAAUACUUGGCUAUUAAAUUUUCAGACAAUUACAUGAACCAGUUAGUCAAUGAAGCUUCUAAAUACGAUCCAGCAAUUUGUCCAAACCUUUGUGGUCGUUCCUAUAAAGGUAUAAAGUGCAAAGGUCAACUGAAACAACACUUGGUUUACACAUGUGGCGUUAACCCACAAUUCAAAUGUACAAUUUGUCAAAAACCACUACGAAAACGUCAGAGUUUAAAUUAUCAUAUGGCCACUGUUCACAACCUACUUCUGACUUAAUAAAGUCAUGUUUAACUACUAUAUUAUACAUCUUAAUAAAAUAAGUUUUUAUAAUAGAACCAUACAGCCUAGUUUAUUAUUAAUUUAAAUCAUUAAUUUUAUUACUGCAAACUACUUAAUUAUAAUCUCAAUUUAAAAAACUUUAAGUUGAUUUUAACAAUGUGCUUGCUUAAUAGCUUAUGCCAAAUUUAAAUUAAUGAUUUCAUUUAAGAAACUCAGUUUUUUGUGAAAUAACAUUUGCCAAAAAUAACUCAGACAUAACAAGUCGUUAAAAUAUUUUAUGACUUCUGCUCAAAACCAAAUGUCGACUUAAUAAACUCCUGUGUAACUUCUUCAAAUAAAAACAUGUUUUUUUUUUGUUUAAACAUUCAUACAAAUUGUAAUAUUUUGUACUUGUUGCAUGAAUUUCAACUCAUUUUCAAUUUAAAAUAUGUAUAUACUGUUUAAAUUGAAUUCAAGUUAAAAAAAAAUCUGUUAUAAAUAAAAACUUAGUUUUAUGCAACUUCUAAAUACAAUACAGCAUUUUGUUCCAACAGCUGUGAUCGAUUUUGUGCAACGGUAUACAACACAAAGUUCAUUUUUUAACACCAUUUAUAGAUUAGGUAUGUCAUUAGUGUUAACCUAUGGUUCAAAUACACAUUAUGCAAAUAAAAAUAUUGAUAUCUUUUAAAAAUUGUUGGUAGAAAAGUUGAACAUAGGAAAAAAUGGCCAUAAUAUUUUUAGCUAAAACCUACAUUUCUUACAUUUUUUGGUUUUUCACAUUUGUUAAGAAAACUCCGGAGAAAAUCGAAAAACUUCUUCUUUAAGGUACCUCCUCACACCAAUUUCCUGUUGCUAUGCGUAAUAAUCUGAGCAUGUAUUCUGGUGGAAAAGUUGUCCACAGAAAAAAAAAACAUCUUUGUAAACUAUAAGCUUCUUCGCUCCACUCAGAAUCUAAAAUAUAUACCUGUAAUAGGUUUGCUUAAUUUGUUUAAUCAAAUCUCAUUAAAAAAAUUAAUUUAAUAAAUAUAAAUUCAACUUCAUGUGAAAUAAUCAUUAAUAUUUUAUUUUACCAUUCGAUUAAUUUGUGCAUCAAAAUGCCCAUGUUAAUAUGUCCUAUCAACUUAUAUACGCAUAAUAUGAACUAAGGUUUAAUUGUAUUUCUAUUAAAUGAAAAUUAAAUUAAUUAUAUGAUAGUGAUAUUUUCAGAGAUUUACAUCCACGAGUUUUUAAAAGAAACUUCUAAAUACAAUUCAACAUUUUGUCCACAAACUAUGGUCGAUCUUAUAAAGGUGUAUGACACAAAAGUAAUCUCAAACACCAUUUGAUUUAUUCAUGUGGUGUUGAUUCCUAGUUCAAAUGCCCAUUAUGUGAAAAACUGCUGAUACAAAAACAUUAUUUAAUAUAUCAUAUGACGAAUUUUCAACUCGAUAAAAUCAUAUCUAACUUCUAUAUAAUUUAUUUUUGUAAAUCUCUAUAUUGCAUUUUAGUAAAUAUAUUACAUUAACAGUAGGUUCGCAAUCAAUUUUUGAUUCAACAAAAUCGAAUAUAGCUUCUGUAUUUCUAAUAUACUUAUAGAUAUCUUCAUAUAAUAUUUUUUAUUUAUAAAGAUAGGUUUUUAUAGACAAUUUGUCACAGCAAAAUACUCCUAAUAUCAAUUCAAGUUUUCUGCAAUUAAACCUUUAACCUUUUUACCGCUUUGACCGUUUCAGUUGAUUUCUGCACCACAAUAUCCAUUUCUAAGGAGUUAAAAUUAAAUAAAAUUAUCUGUAUAUUAUAUUUACAGAGAAUAACAAUAUGAUCAAGAUACUGAAUGAAGCUAUUGAAAAUGACCCAGCAUUAUGUCCCAACGGUUGUGGCCAUUCAUAUAAAGGUAUAUACCGCAAACGCAAUCUCAAACAUCAUAUGAUUUAUGUGUGUGGCGUUAAUCCACAAUUCAAAUGUACAUUUUGCAAAAAACAGCUCAGACAUAAUCGAUCUUUAAAACUUCAUAUGUACACUGUUCACAACCAUUGGCUGACUCAAGGGAACGGUGUAUAGCUUUUGUCAUGACUGCGGAGCCCAGUUUUCUUAAUUGUACACACUGCCACCUUGGACUAAAUCGAUAACAUCGAGAAGUGAAUUAUAAAACUGCGGUGACUUAGUGAUUUUGUGUCAGCAUUCUGGCGUUGAGUCGCGGGUUCAUAAUGUGCACUGUGAUUUAAUUUUUUUUUUUAUUAACUAUCAAUGUGUUUUCAAUAAUCGUGAUCACGUCAUCCCGUGGUCGCGUCAUUUAUAUAUGUAUAUAAUUAAUUUUUACAAAUUUUUAGAUUAUAUAUUUAUUAAUAAAGACAAUUAGUUGUAAUAUUUCAUUAUCCUUGUCAAUGUUCACAGCAUAAUAGUUUGCAUUUUGAUUUCAAUUCAAAAGGCUUUAGAUUGAUAUUUGCAUGCUUUAUUAUAGGUUAUGAGUAGUAAUGUUCAAUUAAGAAAACCAUAUUAAAUCAUUAAUUAAAUUAUCUAUGAAAUAAACAUUGCCUACUUCUAAUGUAUUGCCCUGUCAUUGGAUUUAUGCACCAAAAUAUCCAUAUUCAUAUAUAAACUAUAUUAUUUUAAAUUUACUGAGUUUUUAAUUGAAUUUCUAUUAUUAUUAACGAUUAAAUAAAAUACCUGACUAUUAUAAUUACAGAGAAUAACAUGAUCAAGUUACUAAACGAAGCGACAGAAAAAGAUCCAGCAUAUUGUCCAAACGGUUGUGGUCGAUCGUACAAAGGUACAGACCGCAAACGCAACCUCAAAAAGCAUAUGAUUUAUGUGUGCGGCGUGAAUCCGCAAUUUCAAUGUAUAAUCUGCUUUAAAAAAUUUGCUCGUAAACACGCAUUGAAGGUCCAUUUAUUAUCUAUACACAACCAGAUUUUAAAUUAAUUAGUUUUUUUUAUUUUGUAAAUUUAUUUGUUAAGUUGUCGUAUAUAUGUAAAAAAAAUGAAUAAAAAAGAAAAAACGAUUUAAAUAUCCUUUUACAUACGUAUAUACGUACACACACCUCAAUAUACUCAUUGAUCCUAAUAUUAUGGUUUAUUUGUACAUCAUAAACCCACAAUUUCCAAAUAAAUUUUGACAAAAACAGCUUGUUUAAAAAAAUUAACUUUGUUAAAACACAUUUACUAACUGUUCGUAUGAAUUUUUGUUUUUGCUAAAAUAAUUUGUGGGUUAUCACACAAUAUAUAUUAUCUAUAUUGUAUGUAAUACCUAUUUACUAGCAGCAAUUGUAUGUUUUUUAUUCGAAAUAUUAAAAAAAAAAUUGUUUAUUUCGAGAAUACUAGAAUUCCGUGACUUAUCAUUUAUUUUCCUAGUUGAUGAACACAAGAAAAUAUUUAAAAGUGAUUAAUCAUAAUUCAGAAUACUUCAAAUCCCUUUAAGAAUUACAAUAAAGGUUAAUGUAUACAAACCUUAUAGCGCUUUGGUCAUGUCAAGUUUUUUUUUUUUUUAAUUUUAUUUUAUCCUAAUAGAAAUUAAUUACAAUUGCCUGGAUAUUAUGUUUACAGAGAGCAACAUACGCGAGUUAUUAAAUGAAGCUAUUAAAAAUGAUCCGGCAUUAUGUCCAAACGGAUGUGGUCGUUCAUAUAAAGGAAUACACCGCAAAGGCAUUCUCAAACACCAUUUGAUUUAUGCGUGUGGCGUUAAUCCACAAUUUCAAUGUACAUUUUGUAAAAAACAAUUUAAACAUAAUAAAUCAUUAAAAUAUCAUUUGGCUACUGCACAUAACCAAUUGUCGGCUCCCCAAAAUCGUGUGUAGCUUGUUUAAUACAAUGUGUCUAAUUUAUUUUCUUUCAAUCUCUAUACUAUACUUUAGUUCAGUAAUACAACAUUUUUAACGUUAUAACAUACUUUGUUUUUUAUUAUCCUUUUUAAUUUAACAUAGCAAAAAUAGUUACCUUCAUCGGCUUCAUUUCAAUUUAAAACCAAUUAGAAUGUAUGGUUUUUUUUUUAAAAAAAAAAAUACGUUUUAGCGUAUUUAGGGAGUAACUCCGUUUGGUUUUUUUACCUCGUAUCCAAAGAUAAUCACAAUUGGUGAUUUUUCGGCAAGCUCGUGGGUAAGAAGGGAAAGGUGUUCAACCCCAUUGUCACUAUUCAAACACCAAGUGCUGUGUUGUUACACAAAUUAUGCUCCACUACCCUCCCUCUAGCCUAAACUUAAAAGUCGAGUGUCUCAUGAACGAAUUGAUUGAAAUCAAAAAUUUCAACAUCAACAUUUAUUUUACCUAAUAUUACAUCUGUUUUUGGAAUUUUUAAUAAAAGUACUUGUUUGAAAAACCAAAGUUAAUAUCGCCACAUAAUACUCCUUACAUUUUGUGAAAAAUAUAAGCGAAAAUAUCGUCUUUCACUGCACUUAAAAAUUCCAUAAAUCAGAACUUAAAUAUGUUAUAAUACCGGGUGAUCCAUUUAAGCGAGUACACUCAUUAUCUCGAAAACUUUUAUCGUAAUUUGUUUUCUAAAACAUUUAAGAAACGAGCAGAUCUAUAAUUUUAUAUUUAUGUUCUUUUUUGGAGGUAAAACCACUAUUUACUUUUGAUUUUCAAAUAGCAACCUAUAUUGAAAAUUCCAUAAAUAGAUAGUUUAUUAUUUAAAAUAAAUUUGAGUAUUAAAAUGUUUUAUUCAUGUCAAGCCAUUGACGAGAUAUUCCACUUUUAAUUUUUGGUUGGAGGAGAGUUUUAGUGAUGCAUCAUUAACACGCCGCGUACCAUACAAAUGAUACCCCACUACUCUCCUUUAAUCCAACCUUAAAGUGGAAUGUCAAUAGUUUGACAGAAAUCAAAAAUUUUAAUACUUAAUUAAUUUUAACUUAUAAGUUUAUUAUUUUAGUUUGCUAUCAAUUUAUGGAGUUUUCAAUAUAGGUUGCCAUUUUAAAAUCAAAAGUAAGUAGUAGUUUUACCCACAAAAAUAACAUUAAUAUAAAAUUGUAAAGCAGCUCGUUUCUAAAAUGUUCUAGAAAUCGAAUUCCGAAAAAAGUUAAUACUUUCCGAGAUAAUGAGUAUACUUACUUAAAUAGAUCACCCCUAAAAAUACCCUUAAAAAUGAGAGGGACAUGCUUAAUGAAUCACCUUGUACACCAAAAGUUAAUCUAAAUAUUAUACCAUUUACUAAUAAUUUAAGAAUUUGUUUGAUAUAUUUUUUUUACCACCACCCCCUCCUCACUCCCAUGAAGAAAUCCUGCAUACGAGCCUGUUUUCGAUAUUUGACGACUAAACAAGACAGUGGUUGAUCUUAUCAUGAUGUUCGUUAGAAGUUAGUAAGAUAGAAUGUAGAAGGGAAUUUAAUGUAUUUUUGUGUGCAACGAUUAUCGUCAAAAUUUAAUAUUAAAAAAAUUAUUAAAAAAAAAAAAAAAAAAAAAACCCAUUGAACUCAACUUUUUCUUGUUGACCACUAAGUAAAACUUAUAAUGCACCUGCUGUUAAAUUUUCAAAUAUUUCUGCUUGGUCUUACAAUUUUAUCCACAGUUAAAUAUUAUGUAAAAAACUCUCAAAAUUAAUAUGUUUAUAAAAAAAAACUCAAAAAUGGCUCAAAUUUAUAUAAAAGGCAAAUAUGAGGUUUCUAUUCAAAUUUCAAGUUUCUACUAACAUUUUUAACUGAAUUACAACAAAAAAACGAAAUUGAAAAUAAUAAUAGUUUUAUUUUUGUUAAUUUUUCGAUAUUUCUCAAUUACUUUGAAAACUUCUUGGAAAAUCAAAAAAUGAUCACUCCAGGAAAAUUUAUUUUCAUAAAAGGUGCUACACUUGAAAAUUGGAGUAAGAUUGUUGGUAGAAUUUAUAAAGUAUAAAAAAAUAAAAUAAUAAAAAUAUAAACAUCGUUGUAAAACCAAUACAUUCCUCGAAUCGCUUAGAAUCCAGAAUGAUAAAUAUUCUCGAAUUAUAGUUAUGUAACUCAAUUUCGAUCUGUUUACCAAUGUACCUAUAUAUUUUAAGUUUAUAACGAUUAAAAUAAUAUAAUUUUGUCUUCCUUAAUCAGAUAUUACCGUCAAUAAUAAUUAUACAAAUUUUUUUUUUCUGUUGUGUUAUAUUUAUUUCACUAAUAUUACGAUUAUAUUAUUUAUAAUCCGUUUGACUGUGUUUUUUAAAAUAGGUACUUUAUAACUAUUUGUUUUAGUUUUAAAUUUUAUUAUAUAUAGCUACAUAAUUUUGAACUCUGUGUAAUUGAGAUUAUAAUAUUAUGAUCACUAUUUGAUUGAUUGAAUGAAUAAAAUAUUAUGUCUCGUUUUAACAUAGAUAUUUGAAAUAGUAUUGUAAUUUCCUUACAGAACGUCAGUAUUCCAGACUUUUUUCAAUCAAUCAAUUUUUAAUCCUUAUAAAUAAUAACUAAUGUAAUGUUUUAUUAUUAUUAUUAUAUGUUUAAAUAGUACACUAGUGUUUCUCAACCUGUUUACUGUCGCGACCCCCUAAAUUAAUAUUUUAUUUUUUAGCGACCCUUAAAUAUAUAUUUUAUACAUGACGACCCAAUAUUUUAUUUUUUUGGCCACCUCAAAGGUUUCGCGACCUCCGGGUUGAGAAACACUGUAUUACACUAUUGUUAUGUGCCCAAUUAUACAAUAUACUUAUAUAAUAUUAUUAAUUUAAUUUGUAUUAACCGUUAUUUUCAGAAUCGUUGCGCAUAUGGCUAAACCAACUCAAUUGGAUAACACAAUUAGAUCCGGCCAGUUGUCCGAAUAAUUGUGGUAAAAUGUAUAAAGGUCCGCACAGGAAAAGUCAUCUCAGACAACAUUUAGUAUAUGAAUGCGGCGUCGUGCCGAAGUUUCAAUGCAAUUUUUGUUCAAAACGUUUUGCCAGAAAACCGCAAUUGAAAUGUCACUUGGUAACCGUACAUAAAACAAUAAUCGAUUAACGCAUUCAAAAUAUGUGUGGUUCAUCUAUUUAUCUUUGUGUUAUUACUUAUUAUUAUUAUUAUUAUUAUUUUCGAUGAAUAAUGUAUAAAACAUUUUGAAUUAUGUACGAGAAUCGUCUAUUACAAGUAAUUUACUGUGAUUCAAAAAAUAAAAAUAUAUUCAAUACUACUGAUUUAUGUAUUUUAAAUAUUUAUAAACAUCUUAUAAAUUAUACUUAUUUUUAUUAGUAUUUUUUAUUUAUAUAUAUAUAUACAUAUAUAAGUAAUGUCAAAAUAAUUAAUAUUCAAUUAACUCAUCAAGAAUAAUAUUUAUAAAUGUACUCCAUUACGAAUACAAUAUAAUACCUACAGUUAUUACAUUAUUAUAUUUUAUAUGAUGAAUACUAAAUGAAAAGUUGACAGAAUGUGGUAUAUCUACAAUUAUAAAUGAAUCAAUAAAUAAUAUAUUUUGAAUAAAGUUGUAUAGAUUUUAAAUUCAUUAUUUCUUAUUUACGUUAAUUAAUGUUCUUUUUUUCAACGAUUAGGGCUAAUUACUGCACGUUUAGAAAUUGUCAUGAUAUUAUUUUAUAAUGUGUUUGAUAAAAAUUAGUCAAUUGUUUGCUUCACACUUUUAUAGUAGCAUGUGUGAUGUGAAGCUUUUGUAAUUUUUAUGACCUACACAUAAUCGACAUUUGUGAGGAAAUUUAUAUAGUAACGAAGUAACAGAAUAACAAAACAAAGUAUUUAACAUUGCAUAAUAAUAAUCAUUUCAAAAGGUACUUAAGUAAAAUGUUUUCUAUCAUUAUAGCAGUAUGCCCACGUAAAGUUUGCUUUUUCACUUUUUUUAUUAUUAUUAGAACAAUCACAUUAAUGCCGACAUUUUGUUUUCUCUGCCCAUUUCGCGCAUUAUAGUAAAGUAUAGCAGCAAAGUGCUAAUAUUCCGCACUUCUUCUAUUGUGACUUUUUAGUUAAGUUUAGGACAAACAGACCUAUUAUUAAAUAGGUUAAAUUAAAUUAUUAACUUUAUAAAGGAAAGAAUUUAUUAUGCCUUGACCUAAUAAUUUCUUUAAUAUUUUCAUUUCUUAAUAAGUUUUAAUGAUUAAAAAUAAGAGAAAUUAAAACACGCAUGAUAAAAAAUAAAAAUAUUAAAUAAACCAUUCAUCCAAACCGUAUUAAAUACUCCUUUUUAUAAAAUGUAUUAAGGUCCCUUUACUCUAAACUCAACCAAAGAGUUACAAUUGUAAAAGCGUGGAAUACCUUUGUUACUAUGUUGCACGUGAGACAUACAGGGAAAACAAAUGUAAGGCUGCUAGGAAAAACGAUGAUAGUCAAUCGAUUGUUAGAACGAAAAUAGUAAUCUUGUGCCAAUUUGUCCUUGAUUGACUUAUUACACGCAUCGAGUUAGGGAAAAAAGAUCAUGGUUCCUGAUAUAUUAAACUUUUAAAAAUAGAUUUAUGAUGACAAAAAUCAUAAUUCAAGAAAUAACGGGGAAAAGUUCAAUAAUGAAAUUUUUUGCAAUAUUGACUGUUAUCGUUUAUUUCUGCAACCCUGCAAAUGUUAGUGUACUUACCGUCAACAUAUUACCUACUAAACUAUCAAACUUUUGCAUUUUUAGGAUAUUUUCCUCCUUAUUCCGUGUGCCCCAAUUAUAAUUGCGGUCGAGUGUAUAGAGGCGAGUUUCAAAAACAACAUUUAAAAAGGCAUUUGAAGUACGAAUGCGGAGUGCCACCGAUGUUUCAAUGUUCGGUGUGUUUAAAAUAUUUCACUAGGAAUUCUACUAUGAAAAACCAUAAGUUAGCAAUGCACAACAUGAUUAGUUAAUGAUUAAAUUGCAUUGUACGAGUACUUUCCGAUUUAAAUAUAAUACCUUCUCAAAUGUACAACCUUAUAAUAUAAUUUGAUGUUUAUGCCUACUACUUAUUAAACGCGUACGUAUGUGUUGUUUGAAAUAUUUAAAAAUUUGAUUAAACAAUAUUAUUGUGUACUAUAACAUAUUUUUUUUUAAUAUUGUACGAUUUUAAUAAAUAUAAUAAUGAUGUCCAUUUAUAUAUUUAUAAAUACAUAUAUUUGCAUUAUUUGCUUUUUUUAUUUUGUUUUGUUUUGUUUUAUUGUUUUUUGAUUUUUUUUUUUUUUUUUUUUUUUUUUGUAUUGUACUUGUCAUUACGUAUAAGACAUUGUUUUGUUACGAAAAUGAAAAUAAUAUUAAGGUGCCUAGACAUCGUGAGAUUUGGUCGGCCAGGACAGGAUUAAUUUGGUCGAGUGAGACGUCAUAAUAUUAGCAGGUCGUGUGCACGACCGAAAUCUUGUUAGGUCUGGUCACGACCAUGGCUAACCGCUCGACUAAGGCUAACUGAUAGCGUUUUCCAUCUGACAAUACACUAGUGUACACUACACGCAGUUAGUGAUCCCAUACUCGGCGAGUGUACCUGGUAUUAUAUAGUUAAUUCAAUAAAAAUUAUCAAAUUAAAGUACUGAUAACAUACAAAAUACUACUCAAAUGUAAUCUAGGUACACCGUGAAAAAUAAUUAGUAUUUUUUUUUUUUGCACUCGUGAUAGGUAAGAUUAGGUACACUGUCAUAAUAUGUAAUUAUUGUUAACUACUGCACAAUAGUACUGUAGACUAAAUGUGUACACGAGUGCGGUCAGAUUUAAAACGCUAUGAUUAAACCAGAUUAUAGUCAGUAGCGUAAUCGUGUGAUGCAAUCCCAAUUUUUCGACAUUUUGAUGUGUAUAAUGACAAUAUACGUUAUGAUCACUAACAGCGGAAGUAGACUGAUUGUCCAACCAAAUCGUGCGGCGGUGGUCGUGCUGCAUAUAAGACCUAUACUACAAUACUACGCCACUAUACCUACCUGAUUUGGCCAGACAAAAUCAUUAGCAGUGUAUAGGCACCGUUAGAAUAUAUUAAAUAUUUUAGUUUGGUAAUAUUGACAUGAUAUUAAUUACGUUUACGAUUCGUUCUAACAUAUUGUAUUAUAUUAAUGUCUGAAUGUCCUAUAUGUAGGUAAAACGGGUAACGAGCUGUUAGACUGGUGCGCGACGCCGGAUCCUGCGAUUUGUCCGAAUGGUUGCGGUCAUUUCUACAAAGGAAUCAACAGGAAAAAGCUGUUGCGGCGACACAUGGUCUAUGAAUGUGGUUCGCCGUCGCAGUUCGAGUGUCCUAUUUGCGCAAAACGUUUCACACGAAAAGCGAAUAUGAAAACGCACGUGAUUUCGAUACACAACACGUUAAUUUGACAAUAAUAAUAUUAAUUUUUUUUAAAAUGAUUUGUGGCAAUCUUCCGUACGCAUUUAUGUUAUGUUUUUUCGGGAUAUGCUCGUGUAAAAUUAAUUUUUUUUUUUAAACGUAAUGUUAUCAACAAAAAAUAUCGAUUUGACACAGCAAAUUUAGCAAAUUUCUAAUUUUACGUUGAACAAUUUCGCAUUAUAUUGCAAAUUUAAUCUGCAUAUUUCGUAUACUACUGCAGAAACAACGAGAAUCCCGCAAACUAUUCUUUCUUUCUUUUUUUCUUUUUUUUUAUUAAACCCUCAAAAAUAUAGAAUUAUUUAAUGUUAAUUCAAUAUUUGUAAUUUUAAUAGCGUGUUGUAAUUUAUUUCUACAAUGAAAAUUGUUGAUCAAAUCGUGUGAAGUCAUGUGUCUAUGUUUUUUUUUAUCCUUAAAUAAUGUGAUGUUUUUUAUUUAUUUUUUUAAAUAUUAUACCUAAUAGUUAUAUUGUUUAAUAAUGUUACCUAUUUUAAUAAAAAAAAAAAAAAAAAAAAAACAAUAUUCCUAAUAUUAUUAUUUUUUAAGGAAUAAUGCACAAACGAAUUGAUACUGGUAUUUUAUAAUCAAAAAUAUAUCUAAAUGUUUAUCAUUAAAUAAAUAUGUAUACUUGAAUUUAUUCUAAUUUACUAUUUUUUUUUAUAUAUUUUUAGUGAAGAUUACAUUAAAUCUAUUCUACCUAUUGGGAAACAAAUUAUUAACGUUAACGAAGAAGAUACGUAUACAAAAAUAUUAUGCAAUACGACUUGGCUAAACGGAUUUGGGAUUGAAAUGUUCAAAAAAGUGAUGAAUAAAAAAAUUUCAAUAGGUACGAGAAAAUAAACAAUAAUAUAAUUAUUAUAACGUUGCAUUUAAAUGUUGCAUUAGUCGUAAAUCAAAAAAUAAAAAAAAAAUGUUUACUUUAUAAUAAUAUGUUUUUUUAUAUGUUUCACGUAUUUAAUAAAGAUAAAAUCUUACAGAUACAAUAUCUGAACUACUUGGUCGUUUUCAAAUAAUUAUUAUACACAUUUGUGAGUCAAGGGUGAUAUGAUACACAUAAUAUGACUACCAUCCUGAAACUUCUUUGCAUGUUAAAUCGGUUCCGAUACCCAACUGAACAAACCAAAACAAAUUAUAUUAUAUUCUUGAAAAAAUUUAAAAGUUCAAAACAAAAAGUCGUUAUCCCUGAUUAUUUUAUAGCUCGACUCCUUGAAUAUUUCAACAAUUUUAUUCCAUUGGCAGCUGUCAUUCGAUGUUUCGUCAUAAUUUCUAUAUAUAUAUAUAUAUAUAUAUUUUUCUUCUAGAUUGUAAGGGUGUAGUGGUUUAACUGUGGUGUGUGUGUUGAAACAGCUCGCUACAAAUAAAAUUAAAAUACAUUAAUAAAUUAACACAUUUCCGUUAGCAUUAUCUAUGGUCGGUGCAUUAGUAUAUCAACUUCUUAAUAAUAUGGAUAAACUAACAACAAAAUAUAACUGUUAACUAUGCCGGUUUUAGAAAAAAUCUAUGUAACUAAAAUUGUGAUAAUACGAAGAUGACAGAUCAACAUCUCAAAAUCGAAUUUCAAAAAACACAGAAACCAGUCAUAAACGAACUUUUCUAUGAAUAGUUUCUUGUUUGCAAUAAUUUAUCGGUUGCUUUCAUUAAUGGAAACUAAAUAAGCCUACAUCCUAUGCUUAAUACAACUCCCCGGUUGCAACAGUGGCCGGCAUCCAUGAACACUAUAAGUUCUUGUAUUUUGAUUAAUUUAAAUUUGUUUAUAGAUUGCUACACAAUAGCUGAAAAUCGUCGGAUUUAUUGCCCGAACAGAUGUGGCCGUGGUUAUAUAGGACAUCACAGGAAGACCAAUCUUAAUAGGCAUUUAAGGUUUGAAUGUGGAGUCGAACCAAAGUUCAAAUGUCAUGUCUGUCAAAAACGAUUCAGUUUAAAAUCAAAUUUAAAACAACAUGUCAUACUUGUUCAUAAUUUAGUUAUUUAAUUAUAAUUUAUUAAUAGAGCGUGGAUGUUUAUGACUGCAUUUUGUUCGCGCUAUCAGAAGUAUACUCGAGUAUGGUACAAACUUAUUUCGCAUUUUUUUGCAUAUACUAAUUAUUUAUAGAUUAUUUAGCAUAUAUUUUAUAAAUUAUAAAUAUGAUAUAAAAAAUUAUUCUUAUCAUUAUCAAUUAUCGUCUUUAAUUAUUUUUAAGAGUAAGACCCACAUACAUAGAUACUUAUAAACCAGCAGCGUGAUGGGUUUUACUUUUACCUAUGAGUUUACAAAAUUACGACGCGUUUAAUAUUAAAUAUUAUAUUUGUUGACAUUCAAUAUUUAAUUGUGGUUGUUUGUUGCAGUUUGCAUGUUCCUCACUUUUUUUUUUAAAUAUAUACUAACAAAAUGCCGAAAAUUUCGUUGAGUAGUUUUCUGAAGGAAUUUAGGGAUCAUAAAUUAUUUAAGAUCGGUGGUAAAAUAUUAUUUUGCAAAUUCUAUGAAGUUAAAGUAUCUGUAACUAAACGAUUUUUAAUAACUCAACUCAUAAAAACUGCAAAGCAUGAGCAUGCGGUAAAUCAAAGAAGAAGACUAACAAUUUCAAUAGCUGUGUAUUUUGUAAUAAAUUAAUUUUAAAUACACAUUUAAAAGAAUAUAUAUUUAUUUAAUUAAUACUAACCUUUUUUUUCACACACUUGUUUAAAAAAUAGAUACAUUUAUUAUUAUAUUUAAUGGCAUAUAAUUGCAUAUUUUAAUAAAAUGUUGGUUAUUAACAUCCGAGCUCUAUUAGUCAUGUACCGCUAAAUUCUACACUAGCUUAGCGAACACGUUCAAGAAUUAAUUUAUGGUAGUGCGUCCACUGUAUCAAUGUAUCUACAGCUAUCGAAUUUGCCGACGCGACAGCCAUUUUCAGUCAGAUUUUUUAAAAUGACAUUCGCAUUUUCGUAGAAAGUGGAUAAACAGAAACUAUGUGUACGAAACAAAAUGGAAAUUGAUGAGGAGGAACUAGUUGUGGUUGCUUAUUUGUUCACAGAAAAAAAAAGAAAAAACAUGACAAUAUUAUAUUCAAGGAAAACUUAUUAUAUAAGUAAUUUUAAAAUCCGUUUGAUAUGAGGUGAAUCUAUGAACGCUUGCCUUAAGCGUUCAGAUUUUAAAAUUACGUAACUACUAUCAAUGCAGUCCCAACUUAGAGCGGAUCUUGGAAUAAGAUAAGGGAUGUGUUAAAAAACAAAAUCACUUUUCAUAUGCUUUAAAAAUUAAUUUUUAAUACAAGUUAUAAUUUAUAUAUUUAGUAUAAUAAUUAUUUUUAAAGAACAUGGUAAGGGAUGUUUCAGCCCCGAUACCCUCCUCCCCUUGUAUCCACCUUUAAUUUCGAUGUGCUAAAUCUGGUAUCUAAUUAUAGUGGUAGCAUUUUGUUCUCUUCUUUAUUAGUAGCAAUGUAUAGACAUUAUGAAAUGAUCACCACCUAGAUCAGUGGUUUUCAACCUUUUAAGAAUCACAAAUUAAUUAUUUAGGUUAUCAAAAAUAAACAAAUAUUUGAUCACCGUAUAUAAAAUAUAUAUUUAAGAAUCAUUAAAAAUUAAAUAUUUAUAUAGGGAGUCGUGAUAGUAAACAAUUUAAGAAACACUGAUCUAAAUCAUAGAUGUCAUAUUAAGUUCUGUGUAUAUUAUAUUGUUUUUUUGUGGGGUAAUCUACAACAACCAAUUGGAGGCAUGUAUCCAGGAGGGGGGGUCAGGGAUCUGACUCCUCCAACCCGAAAUUUAAGCUUCUCGCCAAAAAUCAGAUUAUUGGUAAUCCCCUCACCCCCACCAUCAAAAAAAAAAAAAAUCCUAGCUACGUGUCUUGCUCAUUGCAUUAUUUGUUAUUACUUAAUUUUUAUGGUUUGUGAAAAUGGUACAUAGUAAUAAUGAUUUGUUACGUUGAACUAUUCAACAGAAGGUUAACAUUUAGCGAAACAUGAAACAACACCCCUGAGUUACUCAUAUUUUUGUUUCUUUCUUUAUGUAUAUAUUUCAUUUUUAUUUUUACUUGCUAAUGAAUAAUAAUUAUAUGCAAUGUAUGACCGAUCUUAUAAUACUUAUCGAUUAUACAAUUGAUUGUACAAAAUACCAUUAAUAAAAAAAAUUAUGCAUGUACUUUUAUUCCGAGUAUAUUUAUUUAAUAUAAUCACAGUAUACUUAGUACAAGACGUAUACAUGUCUCAAUAGAUCGAAAUUAUAUAAUAUGCAUAAUAUAAUUAAUAUUUAAUGUACCCCGGGUGAUCCAUUUAAGUGGGUACACUUAUUAUCUCGGAAAGUAGGUAUUAACUUUUUUAGGAAUUUGUUUUCUAAAACAAUUAAGAAACAAGGAGCUCUACAAUUUUAUAUUAUUUUAUGUCACUCGUAUUUUUGUACCUACUUUUGAUUUUCAAAUGGCCACUUAUAUUGAAAAAUCCAUAAAUAGGUGGAGUAUUAGUUAAAAUAAAUUCUAAUGUUAAAAUUUUUUAUUUCUGUUAAGCUGUUGACGAGAUAUUCGACUUUUAAGAUUUGGUCGGGGAAGGUUCAUUUAUGUAGCGAUAGAGCGUGCGGCGUGUUAAUAAUGCACCAUUACUCACUCCCUAUAUUUUUAAUAUAGGUUGCCAUUUGAAAAUCAAAAGUAGGUAGUGAUUUUACCCCCAAAAAUAAGGGUGACAAAAAAAUAACAUAAAUAUAAAAAUGUAAACCUGCUUGUUUCUUAAUUGUUCCAGAAAACGAAUUCCGGAAAAGUUAAUACUUUCAGAGAUAAUAAGUGUAUCCACUUAAAUGGAUCACCUGGUAUCAUGUGUCUAAGGUAAUUUAUUUUUAAUCUAUUUAUCAUUAAUUUUUUCUUUUGCUUUUUAUUAUUAUUGCACGUUUGUGUAUGCUUCUUAUCAUCAUUAUACGAAAUUCAUACGCUAAACGAUCUCAUAACAUAUACAUUUUUUUUUUUAAUUCUUAUAUUUUAGAAUACUGGUUAGCAAACUUGGAUUUCCUUGCCAAAGAAGAUCCGGCGAAAUGCCCGAAAAAUUGCGGUCGUAGUUAUAAAGGUACCCAUAGAAAGAAGGUCUUGCGGCGCCAUUUGGUAUACGAGUGCGGUGUAGAACGAAAAUUCAUGUGUACUAUUUGUUAUAGACGUUUUUCACAAAAGUAUUAUUUGUCCACUCAUAUGGGUACUGUACAUAGAGUACCGAUGGCAGCGCCGAUUUUAGGAUUAUCGAGGCCCGGAACGGGACAACUUUACGAGGCUCUUCCACCCUAA